AUGUCUCUUAACAACAAUAAUCAUGAAAAAAACGGAAUUUCGCCAAAAUUUAAUCCAGAAAAAAUUUUUGACGAGCACGAAACCGAAGAUAUCGAAGCAGCGUCGUCGCCCAUGAAGGAUUUCUAUCGCAAUAAAACCAUUUUUAUGACAGGCGGCACAGGAUUCGUCGGCUUAAUUAUUCUCGAAAAGUUGCUGCGGUGCGAUGUGAAGGAAGUGUUUCUCUUUGUGCGUCCCAAGAAGGGAAAAACGCCCGAGGAGAGAGUCAAUGCCAUUUUUGAUGAGCCUAUUUAUGUGAGAUUGUUGAAGAAAAGGGAUUAUUAUAUGAAGAAAAUUACCGUUGUUGAGGGAAAUUUGGUGCAUCCAACACUUGGGAUUGAUCCGUUGGUUAAAUUUAGGAUUUUGCAGGAUACGGAGAUUGUGAUUCAUGCUGCCGCUGACGUUCGUUUCGACGAAACCCUCAAAGAAGCUGUCGAAACGAACGUUCGUGGCGCCCGCGAAAUGCUCAAACUUGCCGAAAAAAUGUCUCGUCUCCUCUGUUUCAUGUACAUGUCAACUGCUUUCGCCAAUUGUCCUCAAAGCAAAGUCGAGGAAAGAUUCUAUGAAACGCCCGUCGAUCCGGAAAUCAUGAUAAAAUUCGCGGAAAACAUCAAUGCCGACAACGCGGAUGCCAUUAACAUCUUAACGGAUCGCAUUCUCUGA